UUUUCCAUUUUUGUUUGUUUAUAGAUUGCCGAGAGAAGUUUAAUUCAAUUAAUUGUCAUUUGUCAAAUUCACUCAAUUAGCAGGUUCCAAAAAAGGGCUUUGCCGAAAGAUGAUACCAGUAGUGAAAUGUACCGCCAUCACCUCUCUCUUAUUCACAGAAGAAGCAAAAAUGUCUCCUCCACCUUCAUCAUCACAGCACUAAAACCCCACCCUCAUUUCUCUUCACCUUCAAUCCCAUCGCCAAGAAACUUCCCCCAUUUCUCGAGCUGCAAUGGCCCAUCUGAAGUCUCUUCCAUUGUCUCCUCCAACAAGAAAAUCACAGGUUAUAUUCGAUCCGGGGAUUUAGUCUCCGCCAUUAGAGUCUUCGAGAGCAUGACUGUGAGGACUACAGUAACUUGGAAUUCCAUUUUGGCCGGGAUCUCAAGGGCGCCGGGGAAGUUGAACGACGCCCGUGAGAUGUUCGAUAAAAUUCCUGAACCGGAUGUGGUUUCCUUCAACACAAUGUUAGCUUGUUAUUUGAGCAAUGGAUGUGUUGCAGCUGCAAGGAGUUUCUUUGACGAGAUGCCCGUUACAGAUAUUGCUUCUUGGAAUACCAUGAUCACCGGGUUUUCCCGAAAUGGGAUGAUGAGUGAAGCUUAUAGACUGUUUGUGGCAAUGCCCGUGAGGAAUGAGGUGAGUUGGAAUGCUAUGAUCUCAGGGUAUGCUGAAUCGGGAGAUAUGGAAUUGGCAUUGAAAAUAUUCAGCAAAGCACCUGAAAAGGGCCCGAUUGCCAAGACUGCGAUCAUUACAGGGCAUAUGAAAAGAGGGGACAUUGGAUUAGCAGAGGAGAUGUUUGAAGAGAUGCCGGAGAAGAAUUUGGUCACUUGGAAUGCUGUUAUUGCUGGUUACGUUGAGAAUGGUAGAGCAGAAGAUGGUCUGAAGUUGUUUCGGAAAAUGGCAAAGAUGAGGAUUAAGGCAAACCCGUCUACGUUGAGUAGUGUUUUAUUGGGUUGUAGUAACUUGUCUGCAUUUAGGUUUGGGAUGCAAGUUCAUCAGCAUGUCUGUAAGCUACCAAUACGCUUUGAUAUGACCGUAGGGACUUCACUGGUUAGUAUGUACUGCAAAUGUGGAAUCUUGGAGGAUGCAUGGAAGUUGUUUCUUGGUAUGCCAAGAAAAGACGUCGUGAGCUGGAAUGCAAUGAUUUCAGGCUAUGCUCAGCAUGGGAAGGGAGAGAAGGCUCUUCGUUUGUUUGGUGAUAUGAGAAACAAUGGGAUACGGCCUGAUUGGAUAAGUUUCGUUGGGGUUUUGUCAGCUUGUAACCAUGCUGGUUUAGUUGACCUUGGGAUUCAUCAUUUUGCGAAAAUGCAGAAAGAUUAUGGAAUCAAGCCUAAACCGGAUCACAUCACUUGUAUGGUUGACCUUCUUGGUAGAGCUGGGAGGCUAGACGAAGCCGUUGAUUUAAUAACAAAAAAUGCGGACACCAAACCCCACCCUGCCUUUUUCGGAACCCUUCUAGGCGCUUGUAGGACCCACAAAAAUGUCCGAAUUGCUGAGUUUGCUGCAAAACGUUUGCGUGAUCUUGACCCUAGCAAUGCAGUGGGCUAUGUGGAACUUGCUAACGUUUGCGCCGCGAAAAACCAAUGGGACGGUGUUUCCAGAGUGAGGAAGUUGAUGAAGGAGAACCAAGUGAUAAAAACCCCAGGGUAUAGUUGGAUGGAGUUCAAGGGUGGGUUCCACGAGUUCAGAUCAGGUGACAGGCUUCAUGCAGACUUGAAAGCCAUACACGCGAAACUAAACGAAUUGGAGAUGAAGAUGAAAUCGGCAGGGUAUGUGCCUGACCUCGAGUCUUCUUUGCACGACGUGGGGGAGGAACUGAAGGGGAAAAUGCUUCUUUGGCACAGCGAGAAGCUGGCUAUUGCUUUCGGGUUACUGAGAAUCGCACCGGGGAUACCCAUUCGGAUUUUCAAGAAUCUUAGGGUUUGUCGGGAUUGCCACACGGCCACAAAGAUCAUUUCUGCAAUUGAAGGGAGAGAGAUCAUUGUCAGAGAUACCACAAGGUUUCACCAUUUCAAGGAUGGAACUUGUUCAUGCAAUGACUACUGGUAAUGAAAGAAAAAAAAAACAUUAGUCUAGGGG